AUGGCAGGGAAAGAUAACACUCAAAGCUCAGCCAAGCCUGAAGCUAGCAAAUUUGACAAUCCAACUGAUCCCUUCUACCUGCACCAUUCAGACCAACCUGGUCUUGUACUCGUUACACAAUUGUUGAAUGAAGAAAAUUAUAGUACCUGGAGCCGUGCCAUGCUCAUGGCUCUUAGCAUCAAAAACAAAGAAGGUUUUGUCAGCGGUACCAUCAAACAACCAUUGGAGAGCUCUCUUGAAGAAUACCAACAAUGGAAACGUUGCAAUAAUCUUGUAAGAGCAUGGAUUUUUAACUCAAUAUCACCAGAUAUUGGAGCAAGCAUAAUAUACAUUAAUAGUGCCCAUGAGAUUUGGGCCGAUUUGGAAGAGCGUUAUUCAAACACCAACAGCAUUCAUCUUUUCCAUGUGGAAGAAGCCAUUCAUAAUUGCAAACAGGACAAUAUGACCAUUGGAGCUUAUUACACUAAGCUUAAAGGCCUUUGGGAUGAACGUGACGCAUUAUGCAACAUUCCAACAUGCACAUGCGGCACUAUGAAGGAAGUUUUACAAUUCCAACAAAAUCAAAAGACCAUGAAAUUUCUCAUGGGACUUAAUGAAGUCUACUCUCGCUCGAGAUGA